AUGACCGAAAUAGAUAUUGAAAGGAUUAUGUCACCACAUUACUUUAUACCACACCAUUGUGUGCUUAAACCUGAUAGUACCACCACCAAGUUACGUGUGGUAUUUGAUGCAUCAUCCAAAACAACAUCAGGGCAAUCUCUCAACGAUUUACUACACACCGGACCAACUGUUCAAAGUGAAUUACUAUCUAUUUUAUUACGAUUCCGUCUUCCUCGUUAUGUGUUUACAACAGACAUUGAAAAGAUGUACCGACAAAUACUUGUACAUCCAGAAGACAGACAAUGUCAGCUUAUCGUUUGGAGAAAUGAACCAAGUCAACCGAUAAAGUACUUUGAACUCAACACAGUAACAUAUGGUACUAGAUCAGCACCGUAUCGAGCAACCAAAUGUUUGCAAGUUUUAGCUGAUGACAAUAUGCAAAAUUAUCCAUUAGGUGCAUCUGCUCUCAAACAAAACUUCUAUGUAGAUGACUGUUUACACGGCGCAGAUAGUCUGAGAACAUUGUUGGAAACUCAGAGUCAAUUAAACAAAAUACUGACAGCAAGCGGUUUUAAAUUGCGAAAAUGGUGCGCAAAUCAUCCAAGUCUACUACAAGGAAUUCCACACGAUGACUUAGAAGUCAAUUUAGAUUUAGAAAAUAAUAACGAUACAACAAAAACUCUUGGGUUAUCCUGGUGUCCAAAAUCUGAUAGUUUAUGCGUCAAGGUUAAAUUGGAACCUGUUUGCAGCACGACGAAGCGCAGUGCAACCUCAGAUUUAGCAAGGCUAUUUGAUCCACUAGGACUUUUGUCACCAGUUGUGGUGAUGGCAAAGAUCUUUAUUCAAGAAUUAUGGAAUUUAAAGAUGGAUUGGGAUGAAAAACUGCCGACUGAAUUACAUAAACAGUGGUUAGAGUUCCGGAACAAUUUGACGAAAGUAAAUUGUCUGCAGAUAUCUCGUCAUAUUUUCAAGGGUGAAGUUCCUGCCAACAUUCAAUUACACAUCUUUACAGAUGCAUCAGAAAAGGCAUAUGGUGCUGCAGCGUAUAUGCGAUCAACACUUCAGAAUGGUCAAAUUAUUGUACGACUAUUGUGCGCCAAAUCUCGAGUUGCACCUUUGAAAAGGUUGACAUUACCUCGUCUCGAACUUUGUGCAGCUGUAGUUGGCGCAGAACUAGCAAAAAGAAUAAAGAACGAUCUACAAAUAAGAAAUUACCAGACGUUCUUUUGGUGUGAUUCACAAAUAGUGAUAUCAUGGAUCAACUCUCCAUCAUCAAAGUUUCACACUUUCGUUGCAAACCGAGUAAGCAACAUUCAUCAAUUAACAGCCACAAGUCAGUGGCGCCACGUCAGUUCGGAACACAAUCCAGCUGACAUUUUAUCAAGAGGCCUUGCACCCCAUAAACUACAGUCAUCAAGUAUGUGGUUUUAUGGACCUAUGUUCCUGCAUGGUCGGGAAGAACUGUGGCCUUCAAAACCAUCAUCAGCGUUAAAAUCCGAAACCCUCAUUGAUCCUGAAAGGAAGAAGGAAACUCCAGUAUCUACAUUGUCUGUUGUUGAAGGCACAGCAAAUCCUGGAGAGUUCAUAUAUUCAAUAAGACACAACAACUCAUUUGGAAGACUUCAACGGAUAUUAUCGUAUAUAUUAAGAUUCGUAAAAAGAACCAGAAGAAAACAAAAUGAUCAUUCAAGCAAUUUUUUGACUCCAGAUGAUCUAGAUGCAGCACAUCAGGUCAUCAUCAAAAGCAUUCAAUAUGCAGAAUUUAAAAAUGAAAUCAAAAUUAUGAAAUCUGAUGGAAGAAUAAAUAAGUCCAGUGCAUUGGCAUCACUGGCACCUUUUAUUGAUAAUACAGGCAUCAUAAGAGUUGGUGGACGGUUGGAUGCAGCCUCAUUAUCGUAUGACGCCAAACAUCCUAUGUUGUUGCCUUAUAACGACCCCAUUGUCAAAUUAAUAAUGGAACAAGUCCAUAAGAAAUACAUGCACUGUGGUCCGCAGUCUCUCCUAGCUAACAUGCGUCAACGAUACUGGCCAAUUAAGGGCAAGUUGAUGGCAAGGUCAGUAGUACAACAUUGUGUACGUUGUACUAAAGUAAGACCACGAUUUUAUGAACAACUGAUGGGUAAUUUGCCAGCGACAAGAGUACAACCUGGGCGACCAUUCCUCACCACUGGAGUGGACUUUUGCGGACCUUUUUGGAUACAUUACAGAAUCCGAGACAAGAAACCACACAAGGCAUACAUUGCUGUGUACUGUUGUUUUACAACUAAGGCAGUUCAUCUCGAAGUAGUCAGCGAUUUAACCACAGAUGCAUUCAUCGGAUCGCUGAAACGUUUUGUUGCUCGAAGAGGACACUGCAAAAAUUUGUUUUGUGACAAUGCCACAAACUUCGUGGGAGCAAGCAAUCAAUUACUUGAACUUGCAGACUCAAUUCAAACAAGCAAGGCACAAGAGAAGAUAAUUAACGAAUGUAAUGAAAGAGGAAUAACAUUUAAAUUUAUACCUCCUCGUGCACCGCACUUCGGUGGACUGUGGGAAGCAGCAGUCAAAUCAGCAAAACACUUAUUGAUACGAAGUACUAAGACGACUUCACUAACAUAUGAGGAACUAGAGACUGUGGUAUUAGAAGUCGAAGCAAUACUGAACUCUCGACCAUUGACACCUAUGUCGAGUAAUCCGAAUGACUUGUCAGCACUAACACCUGGUCAUUUCUUAAUCGGAGAACCACUCACAGCAAUGGCAGAUGCAAAGGCCCAAUCAGGAAAUAUAAAUCUGGUGACAAGGUGGAAAUUAGUUUCUCGCCUCAAAUUGGACUUUUGGGAACGUUGGAAAACCGAGUACCUCACUGAACUACAAUGUCGACACAAAUGGAAAGCAGCCAAUCCAAAUAUAAAAGAAGGUACUCUUGUAAUCAUCAAGGAAGAUAAUGUUCCUACAUUAAAAUGGCCGCUUGGACGUAUUGCAAAGGUAUAUAAGGGAGAUGACGGUCUAGUUCGCGUGGUUGAUGUUAAAAUGGCAUCAGGAACUCUAAAACGUCCUUUGACAAGAUUAGCACCUCUGUUUCCAGCCGAUGAACAAUCUCCUGCUUCUGAUGAACAACUUUCAAAGGUUUUUCCAAAGGCGAACUCGAAAACACCACACGAAGGCACAGAUCAAGACGAGCCACCUAAAAAGAAUUACAAAACCAGCUAA